AUAUAGGGCAGGAAUUCUCUUCCUUCUGCCCGCACCGCUAAUGAGCCGCCGCUUAAUUAGUCUUAAUUAGCGAGACAACUCGCCGCCGAAACUACAACUCCCAGCUCCCCCCGCGCCGCGCUCCAUCCGGGUCCUCCCGCAGUGCACCCGCCCCGCCCUUUCGCGCCGGCACUUCCUGCCUCAACCCAACCUUCCCGUCGAUGAUUGGCAAGUGCGGCUUCCAAUAGGAACGCAGCCUUCAGCGGCGCGGGCCAAUCGGCGCACACGAGGCUGGCGGCCAUGACAGUGGGCGGGCCGGGGCGGCUCCUCCCGGCUGGUGGCGGCGAAGAUGGCAGAUUUCCUGAAGGGGCUCCCGGUGUACAACAAGAGCAACUUCAGCAGGUUCCAUGCGGAUUCCGUCUGCAAGGCUUCCAACCGCCGGCCCUCGGUGUAUUUGCCCACCAGAGAAUUCCCCUCGGAACAGAUUAUUGUGACAGAGAAGACAAACAUCCUCCUGCGCUACCUCCACCAGCAGUGGGACAAAAAGAAUGCGGCCAAGAAGCGGGAGCAGGAGCAGGGCGAGCUGGAGGGCGAGAACUCGGCCCCGCCGCGCAAAAUCGCCCGGACCGGCAGCCAGGACAUGACCGAGGACACUUAAAACACAAAAAAAAAAAAAAAUCCUGGGAAUUCGGGAAUUCCCCGGGCUCUUCCCGCUUUUUUUUUUUUUUUCCCCGCCUUCCCCCACCCGCUGGGAAUUCCCAGGAUCCGCCCUAUUUAUUUGGGAUUUGCCUGGCUCUUGGUUUGUAUUUAUGGGGUUUUUAUGGAAAGGGGGGGUUUGUUUGUCCUUGGGGGGGUCCUCAUUCCCAAAAUUCCUGGUUUUUCUGGGGUAUCCCAGAGUUCCUAAUUCCCCAAAAUUCCCCCUUUUCUUCCUGGGAUGGCCCAGAAUUCCUAAUUCCCCAAAUUCCCCCUUUUCCCCUGCGAUUCCUGGGAUUUGCUCCUCAGAUCUCCCAGGAGAGCUCAUUCCCAAAAAUUCCACUUUUCCUGGGUUUUAUUCCCUUUUUCCUGGGAUUCCUUGGAUCUGCUCCUUGGGAAAUCCCAGAUCAACCCUUUUUUGUUGUUUUCCCCCAGAAUUCCACUUUUUUUGGAGAUUCUUGGGAUCCACCCCAGAAUUCCCCAUUCCCAAACCCCCACUUUUUCUGGGAUCUCCUCCCUUCCCAAAAAUCCCUUUUUUCCCAGCAUCCCCCACAUCCCCUCCCUAUAAAAUUCCAGGAUUUUAUUUUUUUCCCCUUCACAUCCCCUUGGAGAAAUUCCCAGGAAUCCUUUGGAUAUUCCCAACCACGACUGUGAGGCCUUUCCCAUUUUUCCAGAAAAUUCCCAACCCCUUCCCAGGCUCCGAUCAUGGCUGGAGCCCAUCCCUGGGAAUUUGGAUCCCGGGAUUUUUUGGGGGGGGCCCUGGAUCCAUGGAAUUUUUUCCCCCCCUCACCCUUUGGAAAAGCCGGGAAUGUCGAUCCUUAAAUCCCGAUUUUCUCCCGGAUCCUCUCCGAGGGAUCGCUCAGAAUUCCCAGGACUGGGAGCGGCCCCCGGAUCUGGGAGAAUCCCGGCUGGAAUUCCGGAAAUCCGGGCUGGAAUUUGGGGGUCUGGGCUGGAAGAAUCCAGGCUGGAAUUCCAGGAUCCAGGGUGGAAGAAUCCAGGAUGGAAUUUGGGAAUCCAGGACAGAAGAAUCCAAGAUGGAAUUCCAGGAAUCUUUGCUGGAAUUCAGGAAUCCAGGAUGGGAUUCGGGAAUACAGGAUGGAAUUCAGGAAUCCAGGUUGGAAUUCCAGGAAUCCAGGCUGGAAUUUCAGGAAUCCAGGACGGAAGAAUCCAGGCUGCAAUUUCAGGAAUCCAGGCUGGAAUUUGGGAAUCUGGGAUGGAAUUCAGGAAUCCAGGCUGGAAUUUCAGGAAUCCAGGCUGGAAUUUGGGAAUCUGGGAUGGAAGGAUCCCGGCUGGAAUUCCAGGAAUGCAGAGCCCACCCCCUGCUCCCCAAAUCCUCGGGAUUGAGACAAUUCCCAGCCGCCUUUCCGGGACCAUCCGGCGGCUCGGGAUCCACGGAGAACCUCGGCAAAGGACGGGAUGAUCCCAAAAUUCCAGCUGCUUUUCCAGCAGGAGCUGAUUCCCGCAGGAAUCCCGGAAUUCGGGGCCUUUCUCCCUCCCCUUGGCUGGGAAACCCGCAGGGAUUUUUCCAGAAGAUUCCCAGAAUCGAUUCCCGCCUCUGACUCCGGGGGGGUCCCUGCCUCCCCUUUUCCCGGAAAAUCCCAGAUCCACCCUGGGAAUUCCGGGCUGGGAAGGGCCUUGGGAGGAGCAGGACACGGAAUUCCCGGAAUUUGGGACUGGAAUUCAAUCCAGAACUUUGGCUCUGCCUCCGUUUUUUUCCCAAUUUUUUGGUUUUUUUUUUGGUUUUUUUUGUUUGGUUUGGUUUUUUUUUUUUAUGGAAGCGACUUUGGAAUUCCUGGAAUGCGGUGUUGGGGGGGGGGGUGGGGGGAGGGGAAGGACAAGCGGAAUUCCCGGGAUUUUGGUCAAGUUUGGGAUUUCCAGCUGGAGAACUCCGGGGAGGAGCCGGAUUUGAGGGGUCUCCGGGAGGAAUUCCGGGGUUCCCAGGAGAGGAGGGCGGAUCCCGGGGUUCCCGAGGCUCGGGAAUGUUGUUCCAUUAAAGAGUUGGCACUUCC